AUGUCGGCUGUCGCCAAGUCCGAACAUGAGGAAUGCGAAGCAUCUGUCGACCAUCACGAUGCAAUCAGUUACCAAGAUUCGGAGCGGUCUAUCUUUGAUGGAGGAUGGGAGCCGGACGCCGCUCAACCAGAACUCACCGAUCUGGUUUUUGAGAUGAGGGAGUUGAAUAAGUGUAUUAAGCUUGGCCUCGCUCGGCUUCAAGCACAGGAGCACGCGGCGGACAAGGAGAAGGAUCUUCAAAGGCAAGAAAGAGUGUGGAGGGAAUACGAGUUGAAUUCAAGACUGGAGGGAAUGCCACAAGGACUUCAUGAUUUACCGCACCUGACUGGAGAACAUUUGGAAAGCAUUUCCCGGUAUUUUUUAGCAAUUUUGGGGGGUUCAACCGAGCUGAUUGAUCUCAAGAGGAAGAAUGACACUUGGUCUGACUACUGCCGCAAUCCUGAUGUUUUCAGCGGACUCGCAGUGGUUCUCAAUCCGACUCCACAGACUCACAAAAGCCCUACGAGAACAGGAGUGGAAGUAAACACAAUAGAACGUGGCGAUUCUCGGCCGAUUGAGGUUCCUAUAGUGAAAGCAACGUUGCUACAAAAGGCCAAAGAGAAGUGGCUGGCUAGUGUUUCGGGUGUCACUGUCGCCUUACAGAGUUACUCUGACAAUAUAAAGUGGCAGCGAGUCACAUGGGAUUUCCGGGAUAGCAGUGUUUGUGCUGCUUCCGUAUCACUCUACUACGAAGAUAACCGCAGCAAAAAGGGCGAAUGGCUAUUACAACAUACAUCACGCAUCCUUCUGAGCAGCCAAAAUCGCGAAAACCUGUCCUUUUCUGUUUCAGCGGGCCAGCCGGCAGACAAUCUCCACAUCUCUUACAACGUGUAUCUGCCAUCGUGGGAUUUACCCCCAGUGAAAACUCAAGUUUGGUGA